GGGCGCGGAGGAGCCGCUGCCGCAGCGCCCAGGGCCGGCGCGGCGGCACCGCCACUCGGCGGCAGAGCUCCCUUGUGCAGCUGGACACGGUGUCUGUGCCACCUCCACAGAGCAGCUGAUCAUGCUGUGCUCUGGAGUGGCAAGAGCUCAGAACACAUUUCCUGGCAUUUAAGUGCCCCUCCUGUCUGGUAGGGAGUGCUUCUUGCUGGAUAUCAGAGCAGGUCAGUGUAUUGGCGGAUAAAGGGGCAGGAUGGCGGGCAAUAACCACCUUUGCAUUCGGCGGUGGACUACCAAGAACGUGGCCAAGUGGCUGAAGGAAGAAGGCUUCUGUGAAUACGUGGAUCUUUUGUGCAACAGACACAGGCUAGAUGGAAUUACCCUGCUGACGCUUACUGAGUAUGACUUGCGAUCCCCUCCUCUGGAAAUCAAAAUCUUGGGGGAUAUCAAGAGGCUGAUGUUGUCCAUACGCAAACUGCAGAAGCAGCAUAUCGACGUCCUGGAAGAGCUGGGUUACACCAGUGAUGGUCAUGCUGGCACCGUGUGCCCAGCUGGUUCACUACAGGGGGCAGAUUGGUUUUGUAAUGGUGAAGUACCUCGGGACUAUGAUGGACCAAUUACUGACUUGAAUGGUGAUCAGUAUCAAUAUGCAAAUGGGAAAAACAAACAUGCCACACGAAGACUGGACCCAGAGUACUGGAAGACAGUUCUAAGUUGUGUGUAUGUCUUCAUAGUGUUUGGCUUUACAUCAUUUGUCAUGGUGAUAGUACACGAGCGAGUGCCUGACAUGCAAACAUAUCCACCUCUGCCAGACAUAUUUCUAGAUAGCGUCCCUAGGAUACCAUGGGCUUUUGCUAUGACUGAAGUAUGUGGUGUAAUUCUUUGCUACAUUUGGCUCUUGGUUCUUCUGCUUCACAAACACAGAUCUAUACUGCUGCGCCGGCUGUGCAGCCUCAUGGGGACAGUAUUUCUAUUACGCUGCAUUACAAUGUUUGUCACCUCACUCUCAGUGCCUGGACAGCACUUGCAGUGUACUGGAAAGUUGUAUGGCAAUGUUUGGGCAAAACUCCAGCGGGCAUUUGCAAUAUGGAGUGGCUUUGGAAUGACUCUGACUGGAGUGCAUACAUGUGGAGAUUAUAUGUUCAGUGGUCACACUGUUGUCCUGACCAUGCUCAACUUCUUUGUCACAGAAUAUACACCAAGGAGCUGGAACUUCUUGCACACCUUGUCCUGGGUCCUGAAUCUAUUUGGAAUCUUCUUCAUUUUGGCUGCACAUGAACAUUAUUCUAUAGAUGUCUUCAUUGCCUUUUACAUCACAACAAGGCUCUUUUUGUAUUACCAUACAUUGGCUAAUACUAGAGCAUAUCAUCAGAGUAGGAGGGCAAGGAUAUGGUUUCCAAUGUUUUCUUUUUUUGAAUGCAAUGUUAAUGGUACUGUUCCCAAUGAGUAUUGCUGGCCCUUUUCAAAACCUACUAUAUUAAAAAGAUUAAUUGGUUGAAGACUAUGUGGGUCAGUUCAGAUUUUUAUGAAGCAUUAUGGCUAAGAUCCUACAAGGCUAGCUACAAGAGGGAAGUCAAGUAACAUUUUUCACUCCAUGAUCUCCUCCUUGCCUGGUUUCUUGGAUUCUUAGCCAUAAAAUGGGGUUUCCAUACUUUACAGGGAUGUGUUUUGUUUUCUCCUUGUGAGAACAGAAAACAAUGCAGGGAUGGGUAAAGGCUAUCAGUGGAGCACAAAUAUAAACCAGAAUACUGUUACUCUUGGUAAGGUUCUGUGUGAAUGUUUAUGGAACAUUAACCUGAAAUAUGUAUUGAAUAUAGUACACCCUUUACAGGUCCAGAUAAUCUUUGUUGCCUGAGUGCCAGCCUUUACAUAUACUGACAAAAAAAUUUAAACUUUAUAAAGCCUUUCUUUGAAAGCAGUCAUAAAUGUAAUUUUUAAAACAAACUGUGUAUAUUUAAAGAUUGAGGAGGUCUGUGUCAUAAUGAAGAAAACAAUAUAGUUCCAUGCUGAGAGGGUCUCUUAACUGUUAAAUUACAAGUCUUGACAGUAUAAAUGGUCUGCAUACAGUGGUCUGCCAAAAAUGAAGGUCGGCCUUGUGGCUGUGCAGUGAUGAUAUUUUUUUUAAUGAGAACUUAUUUAGUCUAGUCUAUCAGUUGUCUGUAUGGUUGUUCUAGCACUUGAAAGUUUUCCCUUUUGUGUUUAAAUGAGUUACAGUAAGUGGAACAUCCACUGAAAGUAAACUUAGCUUUAGUGAGUUUAAAGCCACAAAGUAACUUUUGUGUGGUCUUAAUUGCUUUAUACCCAAACUCAUGCAUGCUUUUCAGGAGCAGUUCUUUAAUGUUGGAAAAACAGAACAGUUAUCUUUGUGUAUCUUACUGCCCUGUAAAUGGAUGGGAAAAAUGCAUGUAGUAACUCUUUCAGGAAUAGUAAUAAUAGUGAGUAUUGGCAAUAGUGCUCAUGUUGAUGUAUGUUUUAGCACUCUGGUGUCAACAAUAUGGUGAAUUUCUCUGGAUAUAUAUAUGCACAGUAUAUUUGGUUAUAUAUAUAUAAACACACAGUAUAUGUUUUUCUAACAACUGUGAAAAGAGGCUAGUUCUUAAUUUAAGUUGCUCAUUUACUACCCUGAAAGAUACCAUAAACAGUUGAGUUUUGCUUGUUGAAAAAAACCAAACCACAACCCACAUCAAAGCAUCCCCCAAAAGCUCCAGCCAACACUCUCAGUCCAUAAUGCAUGAGCAGGGUCACACAAGGGUUGGUGAUCUCUCAGGCAGUGGAUUGUAAGGGGACAAUACUCAUGUUGUCUGUAGAGCCUUGAAAUUAGAUUUGUGCCAAAUGAAAACUGAUAAGUACAAGGUACAAAAUCAUAAAAUGGCAUAGACCUUUUAAUUUGAUUAUUGCAACUUCAGAUGUGCAAGUGUAGAGUAAGUCACCUUUAGAAAGUUACACAAAUAAUUCCCAGCAUGGUACAAGCUGACUUAAUGGGCACUAUGUACUUGUGUGUGCUUAGAAAUGAAUCCACUAGGAAUUUGCAAGGUUUUGUGUUUGGGGGCUUGUAACCUACUGUGGGCUACUCCUUGCUGUAUUGUAUUCCUUUUAUAAACCUCGAUUGUACUAACUUGACUACCUUACACUCUUCGUACUAUAUUACUUUUGUAACUUAAUUUAGCUCCUAUUCCACAGAAGAAUUAUGCAUCUUGGAGUAUCUCUGCCAACUGUAAUGAGCACAUGUACACUGUACUAUUACAGAGAUUUUUAUAUUUGUAACAUUCCAAUUUUUUAUCAUAAUUGCAGGUUUAAUACUAUAUUGUUCAAUCUACCAUAGCCUGAUGGCUUUUGCCAUCCAAAUUGGGGGAAUAUGCUUACACUUAAAAAAAAAAAGGAGAAAAUAUUCUGAAAGAUUUAAAGACUUGCCAUUUGCUGCUCUUAACUUUCUGAUUUCAGAAAGGCAAUUUGAACAUUCCUCUUGAGACUUUAUAAUGAAAGAGCUCUAUUUGUUAACUUGUAUUUGCCUUUGCAAUGCACACAGUUAUGAAUGCUGUUUUUCUAAACUCUAGGAAACAUCUGUUCUCAGGACGUUCAGGAUUGUAAUCUGAGUUAUAUGGAGAGGUAUGCAAUUAAACUUGCAAAGCUGUUGAUUGUGAAAAUAACCAUUUGAGUAGUAACUGGCAUAACUGCAUCUAAACUGAAAUACUAUUCUGCAAUUAGACAUGCAGGAGAAUUUUCAAGUACAGCCCAGUGUAACAAUGUUUACAGAAAGUAAAGCUAUAAUUUCAGUAUUUUUUUUUGUAGUGAAGUUCAUAUACAUUGAAAGAUAAGGAUUCUUUGUUCUAAUUUAAUUUUCAAAUUCCAUUAAGUAAAUUGCGUUUUAAAUCA